GGCGUGGGUGGCCGGUAGCGCCCGCUGGACCUUAGCUGGUGGGUGGCCCUGGAGCUACAGACGCGGAGCUGAAGUUGAAGCAGCGGUGGAGGACAUUCUCCUGAGAUGAACUUCUCUGUUAUAGUCUGGUGGCUUUGAUGACUAACUACACGGCUACGAUUCCGAGCCCUAUUUGCAGCCCAGACCCUCUCUUGAUGUAUAGAAUGGUUAUCAACUGGACAUCCCUCCUCCCAGAUAUUAUGUAGACACUUCAAAAUAUCUAAACGCAGCCACUGGGGACUGCAGCAUGGCCCUCUGGGGUGUCUGGGCCUGACUCUCUGGUGGUAUCCGUCUCUGUUCCUCCUCCCCCAUCGUCCCCUCCUCCCUCCUGCCACCACCCACCUCAGACUUCCUCCUUUCCUUGGUUGGACACUACGUCACAUCCCACCCGCCUUGGACUGUGGUGUCCAGCAGCGUCGCCUGCAUCAUGGGGGGCCUUGGACCUUCCAACAGGCUCCUGUCUCUCCUGACUGUGGGUGGUCUCAGCCUCGUUCAGGCCCACGCAGACUGCAGCUGCUCCUCGGUGAGCCCCGGCAUGCUGGCGGGGAUCGUGCUGGGGGACCUGGUGCUCACCCUCCUCAUCGCCCUGGCCGUGUACUCCCUGGGUCGGCUGGUCCCUCGGGGGCGAGGGCCCACGGAGGCAGUGACCCGGAAACAGCACAUCACUGAGACAGAGUCGCCUUAUCAGGAGCUCCAAGGCCAGAGGACAGAUGUCUACAGCAGCCUCAACACACAGAGGCCAUAUUAAAAAUGAGCCCAGACCAGGGCAGUCAGCAACCUGAUGCCUGGAUCCAAUCAUUCCUGAUGCCUGCCCAGCACUCUAGUCCUACUCCCACCAAGAUACGGAUCCACAGAGUGUCCACAAUGAGACAUCAGACCUCUCCCCACUACUGCCCCCAAAUAAACAUGGA